CUGAGGGACAAGGCGGGGGGAGGGGGGUGGUGUCCCCGGCCGGCUCGGGGGGUGCGUUGCCCGGAGACGGAAAGUUUGGGAGCCAGAACGGGCUCGGCGGCGGCCCAGGGAACGGGGUCCAGGGGGCGGCGGCCCUGGGGAUGGGGAAGGAGCAGGAGCUGCUGGAGGCGGCCCGCACCGGACACCUCCCGGCCGUGGAGAAGCUGCUGUCCGGGAAGCGGCUCUCCUCAGGCUUCGGGGGCGGCGGCGGCGGCGGCGGCUCUGGAGGCGGUAGCGGCGGCGGCGGCGGCUCUGGAGGCGGCGGCGGCGGUCUUGGCUCCUCGAGCCAUGCCCUGUCCAGUCUGCUCAGCAUUUGGAGAGGGCCUAAUGUGAACUGUGUUGACAGCACUGGGUAUACACCGCUGCACCAUGCUGCUUUGAAUGGCCAUAAGGAUGUGGUCGAGGUUCUUCUGAGGAACGACGCGCUGACCAACGUGGCUGACUCUAAAGGCUGUUAUCCGCUGCACUUGGCAGCCUGGAAAGGAGACGCCCAGAUAGUGCGGUUGCUCAUCCAUCAAGGGCCGUCACACACCAAAGUCAAUGAACAGAACAAUGACAACGAGACGGCCCUGCACUGCGCAGCGCAGUACGGCCACACGGAGGUGGUGAAGGUCCUCUUAGAGGAGCUGACUGACCCCACCAUGCGCAACAACAAGUUCGAGACGCCUCUGGACCUGGCCGCACUCUACGGGAGGCUGGAGGUGGUGAAGAUGCUCCUUAACGCACACCCCAACCUCCUGAGCUGCAACACUAAGAAGCACACCCCUCUACACCUGGCGGCGAGGAAUGGCCACAAGGCCGUGGUGCAGGUCCUCCUGGACGCCGGCAUGGACAGCAGCUACCAGACGGAGAAGGGCAGUGCUUUGCAUGAGGCUGCUUUGUUUGGCAAGACCGAUGUGGUGCAAAUCCUGCUGGCUGCAGGAAUUGAUGUCAACAUAAAGGAUAACCGUGGACUGACCGCACUGGACACCGUCCGGGAGCUGCCGUCUCAGAAGAGCCAGCAGAUAGCGGCACUUAUCGAAGAUCACAUGACUGGAAAAAGAAGUGCAAAAGAGGUAGACAAAACCCUUACACCCCAGCCACCUCUCAUCUCCAACCUGGACUCGAUAUCCCAGAAGUCUCAGGGUGACCUGGAGAAAGCAGUGACUGAACUGAUCAUCGAUUUUAACACCAGCACGGAAGAGGAGGGUCCCUAUGAGGCACUGUACAACGCUGUCUCCUGCCAGUCCCUGGAUAGCACGGCCAGCGGACGCUCGUCUGACCGGGACUCUGUGAGCAGGGAGGCUGAGGCGGCCGGAGGGAAAGCUGCUGGAGUGAGGCCUAGGGAACGUCCUCCACCUCCAGCAAAACCACCACCUGAUGAAGAGGAAGAAGACCACAUAGAUAAGAAGUAUUUUCCCUUGACAACUUCUGAGGUCUUGGCCAUGAGACCCUGGAUUCAGGGGAGCGCAGCCAAGGAGGAGGAGGAACACCCUUAUGAGCUGCUGCUGACGGCAGAGACGAAGAAGCUGGUGUCUGUGGAUGGGAAGACAGCAGACCACAGGCGGAGCAGCGGCGGCCGGAGCCAGGACUCUGCAGAGGGGCAGGACGGGCAGGUCCCGGAGCAGUUCUCAGGUCUCCUCCACGGCUCCUCCCCAGUGUGUGAGGCGGGGCAGGACCCUCUCCAGCUGCUCCCUGCCCCUGGCCAGAACCAUCGAGAAGGGUCCCCUGCGCAGGGCGCCUGCCCCGAGGAGAUGCAGCUGGAACAGACAGGCAGGCGUGUGUCCGGAGCCUCCCCACCCCGCGUGCUGGACCAGAGUAGGAGAGUGGGCCACCCGGCAAGCCUGCCCCACGCCCACAGCCAGACGCACCCCAAAACUUCAACACGCACGGCCUCUCCACGCCCUGGGGGCGCCGAGGAGGAAGGUGACCCGAGCGGGGCCAGGAGCCGAGCCCCUCCCAUCAGCAGACCCAAGGCUGAGCUCAAACUCAGCCGCAGCUUGUCCAAGUCUGACUCUGAUCUCCUGACCUGCUCCCCCACGGAAGACGCUACAAUGGGAAGCCGGAGUGAGUCCCUGUCCAACUGCAGCAUCGGGAAGAAGAGGCUGGAGAAGUCACCCUCCUUCGCCUCGGAGUGGGACGAGAUUGAGAAGAUCAUGAGCUCUAUUGGAGAAGGGAUCGACUUUUCUCAGGAACAGCAGAGGAUCUCAGGUGCGCGGCCGCUGGAACAGAGCGUCGGGGAGUGGCUGGAGGCCGUGGGGCUGCAGCAGUAUGAGAGCAGGCUGCUUCUCAACGGCUUUGACGAUGUCCGCUUCCUGGGGCCUAACGUGAUGGAAGAUCAGGACCUGAGGGAAAUCGGCAUCAGUGAUGCGCAGCACAGGCGGAAGCUGCUCCAGGCCGCCCGGUCCCUGCCCAAGGUGAAGGCGCUGGGCUGCGACGGGAACAGCCCCCCGUCCGUGCCCUCCUGGCUGGACUCACUGGGGCUCCAGGACUACGUCCAUUCCUUCCUGUCGAGUGGGUACAGCUCCAUGGACACGGUGAAGAACCUCUGGGAGCUGGAGCUCGUCAACGUCCUGAAGGUGCACCUGCUCGGCCAUCGCAAGCGCAUCAUCGCCUCCCUGGCGGACAGACCCUAUGAGGAGCCGCCCCAGAAGCCCCCACGGUUCUCCCAGCUGAGAUGCCAGGACCUGUUCUCGCAGACGUCGUCCCCGCUGAGCCAGAACGACUCCUGCGCUGGGCGGUCGGCUGACCUGCUGCUGCCUCCUGGGGAUGCGGGCAGGAGGCCGCACGACAGCCUGCACGAGCCCGCGGCGCCCUCUCGGGUGGAGCGCUUCAGAACCCAGGAGGAGCACCGAGAGGCCAAGCUGACCCUCCGGCCCCCCAGCCUGGCCGCCCCCUACGCCCCUGUGCAGAGCUGGCAACACCAGCCGGAGAAACUCAUCUUCGAGUCCUGCGGUUACGAAGCCAAUUAUCUGGGCUCCAUGUUGAUCAGAGAUCUGCGAGGGACAGAAUCCACACAGGACGCCUGUGCCAAGAUGCGGAAAUCCACGGAGCACAUGAAGAAGAUCCCCACCAUCAUCCUGUCCAUCACGUACAAAGGGGUCAAGUUCAUCGACGCCUCCAACAAGAACAUCAUCGCGGAGCACGAGAUCCGGAACAUUUCCUGUGCGGCCCAGGACCCGGAGGACCUGUGUACCUUUGCCUACAUCACUAAGGACCUGCAGACCAGCCAUCACUACUGCCACGUCUUCAGCACGGUGGACGUGAACCUGACCUACGAGAUCAUCCUGACGCUGGGCCAGGCGUUUGAGGUGGCCUACCAGCUGGCCCUGCAGGCCCAGAAGGCCAGGCCAAUGGGGGCCUCUGCCACUGAGGUGAUCGAGACCAGAUCUUCCAAGCCGGUGCCGAAGCCCCGGGUGGGCGUGAGGAAGUCCGCGGUGCCGCCGCCCCCCGAUAGUCGCUGUUGUCAGUGUCACACCCGCCCCACCCACCGUCCUUCUUACCUCCCGCUGCCGUCUGUUAGUCCUGGAGCCAAGCUGGAGCCACCCGACACGGACGCCGACUCCCAGUCCCACGCCAGCGUCUCCUGGGUCGUGGACCCCAAGCCGGACUCCAAGCGGAGCCUCAGCACCAACUGAGCCACCGAGGAACCGACUGUGUUGCAGAAACAGCCGUGCGGAGCGCAGGCUCCCGCCACCGCCGCUGCCACCGCCGCCUCACCUGCGUUGGAGACCCAGGCCCACCUCCGCCUGCAGGACUCCUCCCGGCUGUGGGCCCAGGCCGCUGCCAGGCCUUGUGGAGGGAGCCCUGUCCCGGUGCCAAGCAGCCCUCCAACCUCUAGCAGAUGAGACUGGGACUCCAGAGGCCCUAGAAGUGACUUGUCCAGAAAACGAUUUUUAAUAGAAAAAGAUUUUUUAUAAAAUUACCUUUUAACACUUGGCUCAAACCUCUAGGUUAAACUGCCAAUCUAUAGACCAGUGGCCAUGCGGUCAGAGGGCCUCUGUCCUCAGGCCAGGGCGUGGGCGCACGUGGGCAGCUCCGAGAGAAGGCGCUGGGUGAACGGAAUUAGCCCGAGAGCCGCUGCUCCUUUCUGCCACACAUGCGGCUUCUCAUCCUCGCCUGGAGCCGAGCGCGGCUGUGGCGGCUUCCACUCUGUGUCCGGCGGGCCGAGCGUGGAGGUCGGGCCGGGCGGAGGACGAGCAGGCUGCUGUGGUCAGAGCACCGCCCUGGGCUGCAGGCCAUGGGCCCACCAGUGAGUGACCUCAGGCCGGCCGACUCAGAUCAGAAAGGAGAGGAAGCAGCUGUGUGUGUCUUGGGCAUUAACGGGUAGGUCAGCUGAGGCCGGGUAGGUCUGCCUGCCUAUCCGGUGUGUGAUUUAUCUAAUCAGGUGUGUGUGAUUAGGACUCACUUUGGUCUGACUGUCCUCCUUUCAGCUCUGGGCUCACCCCAGGCUCUGAGGGCGGAGAAGGCUGGUCGCAGAGGCAGUUUGCUCCCCCAGCGUGGCCUCCAGGGCCAGCACUGCCACCGCCUGAGCCAUCCUGCUGGCCUUUGGUUGCAUCGCCCCUCCUGGAGGCGGUAGGAUAGAAGGGACUCAUUCCUUGUGGCUGGGCCAGUUCAGCUGCGUGUCUAGCAGCUCCCAGAGCAGAGCCUUCCCUCCCCAAGCAGGCCGCCCCGCUUUGCUGGCGCGGUGCAGUGGGUCCUUGGGUCAGUAGUUCACGGCCUUGGCAGCACCCCACCCCCUGGUCGGGAGCUCCCAGGUCAGGGGGUGGGGCUGGGGGUGGGGAGCAGGACCACGUGUUCUGUUGACCUGAGUCGGGGCCCCCAUGGGUUCCCUGCACCAUCCACACCACAGGCCCAGGGGGUCACCCUUACUCUGAGAUGGAGACAGGUGGUCCUACCCUUUCGGUACUAACAAGGACCUCAACACCAGAAGUCUGACUUCAUGUCCUGCUGCUCCCAGGCCCUGAUGGUUCUACUGUGCAGUAUUCAGCCCCUCCUUCUUCCAGGGAUGGACAAGGAGCCCAAGCUGGGUGGGGAGACUGCAGUCUGGCCACAGCACAUGUACUGUUGUGCCCUUUCCUCCUGAGGAAGGCCGGUCUCCUCUAAGUAGGCCCCUCCUGGUGGGCGGUGGAUCCAAAAAGAAAACUGUAGACACUAUGAUGAGUUCCUCAAGCUGUUUUUUUUUGUUUUUAUGUCCUAGGUAGGUGUCUCCUCCUCUUGAAGCUGCUAUAUCUUCUUUAUUUAUUCAGGGUGUUUUCAUAUUGGAAAGCCUUGGCUAAUCUGCUCUGGAUUUUGUUUUGAGAUUGGUUUAUUUCUCAGUAGUCAAAAAGGGAGGGGCUAGAUCUUUUUUACUCCUCCUCUGGGACAGGUACUCUCCCUUCCCUACAAAGAAAUAUUAUAACAUUGAGGACAGGCUUCACAUGGAGGAGCCUCGCUUCUGCACGCGAGCGCAGCCCUGUUCUGAACCAUGCAGGCCCUUCAGGCGGGACUCGAGAGGGGUUAGUACCUGCCGGGCUGCGGGCUCUCUGCUCCGCCCUCCUCCUCGCAGCUGCUCCGAGCGAGUGGGGCUUCCUUCCAGACAGGCUCUGCCUCUGCGAUGCGCACACCCCUCCAGGGCCUCCAGCUGCAGCUCUGGGGAGUCCCUCCAGAAGCCUGGGGCUGAGCAGGCCUGUCUGCCCUCAGCCUGUGUAGGGGGGCCCGGGCCUGCAGGAUGACCGUCAGACGCAAUUCACAAAGUGUUGUUGCUAACGGUGUGGCAAUGGGACUGAAAUGUAAUAAAAUGUUAUUUAAUCUUUGUCUCUGUAUUUUGAUACUUGAAUGACUUCCCCUUCUAUUUUACUGUACAUAUAAUUGUUAAUCUGUCCAGUUUUGUCUAAAUUGCGAACACCUUGUGGUACCAAACGUAACCGCCCUGUGCGACAGCAUAGACUGACCUCACUACACGAGAGAAUGUAAAUAUUCCUGGGCUUUUGGCUUUGGUUUUGUUAUUUUCAUAAUUGUAUAACUUAGAACAGACUGAAUUAAUAAAUGAGAAGCGACAUGAAACCAGC